AUGGGAGGACAACAGGAAGUAGGCCGGGGGAGCCAGGCGCCGGUGAGAGCGGAACUCGAAGGCCCGCAGUCCCGACUGUGGGGAAACCCUCGGGCAGGGACGGCCAAGGCCCCUCUCCACCCAAGAUUCCGUGAGCUCCGCCUCUUUGCUGCAGCCCCUGCUCCACACAGACAGGAAGCGCUUCGGCUCCAACAGGAGCCCCCAAGUCCGGCUCAGAUGAUGAGGGGCCCUCCUGGGCGAAGACUGGGUUUCUCCCUAAGACCCCAUCUGCUUCUCAUCCUUAGAGGAUGUCUCCACUCAUCAGGCGACAUGGACUCGAGCUGGCUUUCCAAGGGGGAAGAGGAAUUAGUCACGUUCAAGGCUAAAGCCAAGAACGAGCAGCCCCAUAGAAUCGGGACGGCAGCUCGGACAGACGACAAGAGCACUCUGGGGACAGGAAGACCAAAGAGCAAAGAAAUCACAGAGAUCAGGCACAGCCUUCAGGAGCUACGCUGUCUUGAAGACCUCCUUGUCUCAUGGCCAACACAUCUCCUUCGGGAACCUUGCCCAAUACUCCUCCUCAGAACCCAACUCCACGCUGCAAGGGCCUCCAGAAUACACCUCCAUCCGGCACUCAGGGGCUUGCGGGGGAUCGACGUGUUCAAGCAUGUUUCCCCUGUGAACAGUGUCUUCUGCACCCUUCCAUCCCCCGUGGUUCUCAUAACACCUGGCAGAAAGUGGACUGUGCUGAACGGGAUCUGCCAGAGGAGAGCGCAAAGUAAGCUCACUCCCCUGCCCUACUGCCCAGACCUCAUCCCUUACUACAUCCGUGGAUUAAAAUCCAAACCAACCACGCCAGGCAGGAUUUGCUACGUCAUUUCCCCCUGCGCCAGGCACUGA